AUGCCGCUGGGUUUAAAACCAUGCUGCGCUGUCUGCAAGACCAACUCUUCCUCCAUGUGGAAGAAAGGAAACCAGGGAGAAAUCCUCUGCAACAACUGCACCGGGAAGAGCAGCAGCGGCGCAGCGUCUGGACCCUCCAUGUCCUCCAACACUCAGCCCAGCAAUGGCGGGGGGAAGCAGUCAAAACAGGAGAUCCACAGGAGGUCUGCACGACUGAGAAGCACCAAGUACAAAGCUCCUGCAUCUGAGAAGAAAGUGUCAACAAAAGGAAAAGGCAGGAGACACAUAUUCAAACUCAAAAAUCCAAUCAAAGCACCUGAAUCUGUAGCAACAAUCAUCACAUCAGAAUCUGUAUUUUAUAAGGGUGUUUACUACCAAACAGGAGAUGUGAUCAAGGUAACAGAUGAGGAAGACAGGAAGCCGUACUAUGCACAGAUCCGAGGCUUCGUGCAGGACCAAUACUGUGAAAAGAGCGCAGCGCUGACUUGGCUCAUCCCCACUCAGGCGAGCCCAAAGGACCAGUUUGAUCCGGGGACGUACAUUGUUGGUCCAGAGGAGGAUCUGCCAAGAAAGAUGGAGUACCUGGAGUUUGUGUGCCACGCCCCCUCUGAAUACUUCAAAUCACGGAGCUCUCCGUUCCCCACCAUCCCCAUACGGCCGGAAAAAGGCUACAUCUGGGCCCAUAUAGGACCCACACCGGCCCUCACUGUCAAAGAGUCUGUCAGUGGCAGCAGCUAACAGGACUGUGAUAUGGACUGAGUCUGUUACUUUUUUAAACAGAUAAAUGUACAUUUAUGUAAGAUAAUGAAAACAACAGUGGUCGUCAACCACAGCCUUCGCUCCAGUGUAAAGACAAGUCGUAGUUUGAUACAGAAGAAAACAGGUGCGACAAAUUCUUUCCACGGCUGUGACACUGAAAUAUUACUUUUGUAUUUGGUAUUAAACAAAAUGCUCAUUUUUUCACUUC